AUGUAUCAUCCACGGUUGCUUGUGAAUUGGAACGAGCCGUUGCUCUAUAAUUGCAACAAUGAGAGGCCGUUACUCUUACGAUUACGGUCGUCGCAAAAUUUUAUCGUCGGGGCUGUCGCGUUGUCCUUCUUCACUGAUGUCUUUCUACACGCUAUGAUGGUACCUAUCAUGCCCACGGCGCUUGUCUCUCGAGCUGGAGUUCUAUUAGAGGAUUGCGAAUAUUGGAAUAGCGCGUUGCUGCUUUCAGAGGCAGUAUCUGCGCUUCUUUUCACCCCAAUACUCGGUUUCUUCCUCGAUUUCUCCGCGAAUCGCCAAGAUCUGUACCUAUUCGGCCUCGUCGUCCUAUCAGGAUCCAUGACGAUAUUCCUAACCGCCAACUGUGUGAUGUGGUUUAUUUACGCAAAAGUGUUGCAAGGUGCUGCUACUGCAAUGUUGACCGUUGCCGGUCUCGAAAUUUUAACCGAAGCUGUGGACAAGCACCAGAUAGGAGAGAUGAUUGGCUAUGUAAGCACCGCUAUGAUUCUCGGAUUCAUCUCUGGAUCCCCUUUGGGGGGUAUAACCCUUGAGCUUGGAGGAUACUACACUAUAUUUGGGAUAGCUUUUGGACUCAUCGGUCUUGACAUGGUCUUGCGAAUCUCGAUCGUUGAGAAAAAGGUUGCUGCGCGCUGGCGUUCGCUGCCUGAGUAUUGUCCCUACAAAGGUCAUACUUAUACUUCGGGAUAUUUCUCCUGUGAAACUAUCUUUAACGGGGAGAAUGCCUCUCAGAAUAUUCGGACUAGUAGCUCGCUCGCUCUAGUGAAGCUUUUACAACAGCCGCGGAUCCUUAUUAGUCUGUGGGCUGUGAUUAUUAGCGCGCUGAUAAUGUCUGCCCUCGAUGCAACACUUGUUUCCUUUGUACAGGAGAUGUUCCAUUUUGGUGCGUUAGGGUCUGGUUUGGUUUUCAUCCCGGUGGCCUUCACAGGACUUUUUCAACCAUUCUUUGUAUACCUUUGCAAGCGAUUUGGAUGCAGAACCAUGGCAUUUGUUGCCUUUGCGGUUCUAUCACCGACGCUGGUAUGUCUUCGCUUAACAGAACAAGACACGACAUUCGACAAGUCAAUUCUUUGCCUCAUUCUACUUGGCAUUGGACUAUGCGUCAAUCUUGCCGAGCCUGCUCUAAUACUGGAAAUCCAACGCGUGCUCUAUGAUAUAGAGAUCGAAGACCCGUCGCUCUUUGGCGAGAAUAAUGCGGCUUCGCAAGUAUUUGGUCUCCAGAUAAUGGCACGUCUGGGAGGGUUCGUGCUUGGACCCAUCCAAGGUGGCUUUAUCUCGUCAUAUUAUGGGUGGAAUGUGAUGACGACUGGGCUGGGUGUACUAUCCCUACUGACGGCGGUACCCAUGCUCUGGCUUAGUGGUGAUUCGAGUGCCCAAAUGAGUGGCGAUGAAGAUGCAGAGAGGCAGCCUCUACUUUCUGCAUAA